AUGCUGGCUAGUCUGUUCAGAGGCACCUCUGGCCAAAGCAAAAGCCAAUAUAUCGAGUCCGUUACCGACGACGCGCACACACGCAGCUUGUUGUUCGGCCAAUCUCAGCACGUCUUUAACCUCUCGGCUUCUCUUCCACCUUCACCAUUCGGCUCUCCACCUUUACGUCCAAGUUCGUUCGAUGAUCAGGCAGGUCUCGAACUUGAAGAGAAGGACAUACGUAUCUUGUUAGCACAGGAUGCGUAUGGUGGAGAUGACAGGCCAACUUUGUUAUUUGACAGCUUUUCUCCAGAGAAACGUACUGAUGGCCAAGGAGUGAUUCGAUCUCCAUUGCCUGCCGAAUGGCGACCUGAGGAGUUGUCUCGAAACAGAAGUUCCACGUUCUCCGGCAACCAGAGCUCGUGGACGAGACCAAGUAAAGAUUUGCCUGCCAAGGACGAUCCGUUCUUGGAGUGUAUGUUUGGGGUGCAGACGUCUGCAAAGACCAACUCCGCUACGAAAUUACAUAUCGUUCCUGCUCAUAAUAGGAAAUGGAACGCCUCUGAGCGUGGGCCAAGAAAAACGUCCGAUAACAGCGACCAGCGUCGACGUGCUCCUUUAGCUCGGGCCCAUACAUCUAGCCAGCAGAUAACUUUGUCUUCCUUGGAUGUUGGUGGCCGCGAUGCCCUUCUAGUAACCCGUUUAUUUCACGUUCCGCUUGAUGAGACCAUCAAAAUUGCCAAUACAAAGAGUACGAUGUCCCCAAUGCUAGGUCAAGACAAGCCUCCGAAGCUUGUAGAAAGACGAGUGCCCGCUUUUGCCAUUGGACUUGUACUCUAUCUUCCACACCCAACUCACCGGCCUCACUCUUCUCAUUCGAGGAAAGGGUCGAAAUCAGGUUAUGGGCAUAGUCACGCGUCAGAAGGAAGCUCCGUCAGCUCAGAAACGCGCUCAUGGACGUUCUUAGAUGCCAUGCCUGCUUCGUUGUCAUCUUCCGUAGCGGCAGGGAGUGACGAGGACCAAAGAGUAGAUAUGGUGGUUGACAACUGGGACAUUGUUCUUCGCUGCCUAUUUCGGCUGCAGAAUAUUGGUCAGCGAGUCGUAACCGAUGAGUUGCACAAAAUCUUGCUGCAUCAAGCCGAUGAACCGCGAAACAAGUCGCACAAAGAGAGGUCUAUGCAGAGAUCGAAUCAGCGAAUACUUGCGAUUCAUAAUGCGCAUGCGGUUGCGCGAUCCCCUUUGAUGGCAACAGUCUCGGUAGAGACAUCGAAGCGCAUCGUAUACGCGCUUCGCAUACCCCGAGUCAUUACUGGCCUUGGCUUUACUGCCGGACAUUGGAUAGAUGAAGCGAGGAUGCUGUACCGUAGUUGUGGCGGUAAACAGCAGGGUGUCUUUCUCUUCAGCCUGUUGACUGCAUUUUUGGGAAGUAACAUGCAAUGGCUUGAACGGCUUGCACCAGAGUGGUAUAGAAAGCAAUUCCAGGCGAAUCACAAGAAGCCUGAGGAUGUCAAACCAUUGAUCGCUCGAACAAUCAUCGUGUCAGAUCACAAGGGUCUUGCUCGGCGCUUGAUCUACAUAUUAGCUUCGUUUUUGCCUGGCCGCACCGGUAUCGACCGACUAGCUCGACUGGGAGAGGAGAGUUUGGGUGCAUCGUCAUCCUCGCCCUUCAAUCACUCAUUACAUGCACAAAGCUCUGGAAGACGACGCAAGCCAUAUAUGAGAAACGCUCAGCCAACACCAGACCAAGCAAAAGAAUUCAUUUCCACAAGUGCCACAUCACAGACCAGUCUUGCCUCGGCGAUGAUUAAUCGUAGCCCUCGCAGGCAGCUCUCUCGAAAAGACUCCAACAAGUUUGAUAUUGGUGGUGAUGGCAUUCGUACAAUGAUUCAGGGCGGCUCUGGCACGAGCUCUGCAAUCGUGCCUCAGGCAGUGGCAACACCAAUGGCACACAUCUCCGUCCGAGAUGGCUACUUCUCCGAAAGUGCAAUAGUUGACACGAAUGACAGUAUCGCUUCUGCGGAUCUGUCCAAGAUGCUAAGCAGGGCUGCCUCGAGUCAUCGAAGAACAAGCUCGGUAUCAAGUAGACUAUCGUCCUUUGUAAGUGGUCUGAGCGGAAUCUGGAGCAACAAGCAGAGUACAUCUGGAGAUCGAUACAGCACCACAACCUUUUCCCAAGACUCAUCACCCGUGCAUCAACACAAGCGUUCGAGCUCAUCUGCAGUACCAAUUAAUCGGAACAACCCUUUGCAAAUCAUGGUGGACGAGCUCGAGCAAAACAACGCGAUACCUCAAGAGCUGAACCCUGGACAAUAUAGAGACGAAAUGCUACAACGCACAGACGAAUCAAUCAAGUUGACAUCAGCGGCACCACGAUUGCAUGUGGACCAGCAAGACGGCGUGAUUGACGUGGAAUUAGAUCUCCCAGGCUUCAUGAGUGCGACCAGUCUCAGCCCGCCACAGCACUAUUUCAAUAGGAAGCGUGCCAAAUCACCCAAAGUGCGUGGUGAUGGUUCUGAUUCCUUCUGUAGCUCAAUGACCAUGGCUUCGGGGAAGAGGGCCCAACACGAGCACAUCAAUGUGGGCGGUUACCUUAGACGUCACCACGAAGACUUUGUCCUGCAUGCUGUUCGACCUUACAAUGAUUUGCAAGAAGAUAUCCGACGUGUUCUGUGUGCCGAGCCUACACCACACGAAGUCAUCGAAAAACUCAGCCAAGACACCCUGUCUUCAUGCUGGAUACCGGUCUGCACGACUUUAGUCGCAGAUACAAGAUUGUUUUCUAUUCACAAACUCACGCUACGUCGUCAGUACGAGAUUUCGUCCUCCCGACCAACCUCGGGUACAGUCUUGAUUGUUCCGAAUGGGUCUACCAAUUCUUUCUUGAGUUUGAAGAACGAGGAAAUUGCGGAUGAGGUGGUCUUGGGAUUCGAUGCCACCUUAGCGAAGGCAAUUGAGAAAUUGCUAAAUGUUACCCCUGACGAAGCUUCUGGAUCGGGACCUUCGACGCGAACGCAUUCGAGGAAUGUUUCGGUGGGCACUACUUCGAGUACACGUGCUUCAGGCAUAAAGCCUGCUUCUCCAGCAAAUCCUCCACCAGAGGUCUUCAAAGCCGAGCAGCAGGACCUGGUCGCAGAAGCUCUUGAAGAAGUCGUUCGUAGUGUUGACGAGGCACUUAACAAGACAGAACCAAAACCUGCUCAAAACACUGGAAGCAGACAGGAUAAAGGAUUGCCACAACAAGAGAAUGCUCUGCGCGAAGGAGUAAGGAAGUGGAUGAUCGAUGUUGAGCAUACCUCGGUCUGGUAA